AUGGGCCUUUCCUUCUCACGCCGCCCCUUGCCCUCUCUCGCACUCUGUGCCGCCGGCACACGUAGCAAUCUGACGCUCGCGUUUCGACCCGACGAUGACCUUUUGAGUCCAGACUUUCAGGUGCAUCUGAUUGGCGACCAAGGUGUACAACCUUACCGCUUUCCAGGCCAUGUCGUACGCGGCACCGCCACGGAGCACCCCCACUCGGUUGCUCGCGGUGUGCUGCUCGAGCCAGGCAUCUUUCAAGGACAUUUGGUCUUUGCCAGCGGUCGCGUCCUUCAUUUUGAGCACGCCCAUCACCACUUUGCAGAUUAUUCCUCAAAUGACGUGCCUCAACGGGAUAUGAUCGUGUACUAUCGUGAUGCGCUGCGGCCAGAGGCACUGGCCCCCAUCAACGCCACGGGACACCGAACAAGCCUUUGUGGUGUUGCGCGCCACAAUCACAGCGCGGCCGAGCAUCGAACGCCGCUGGAGCCCGCGAAUUUAUUGCACACGUGCGCCUCCUCGCUCUUGUGGUUCCACUUGCCCGUCUCUGUUCUCAGUCUCAAACGUACGAAUUGGGGCAGCUCUCUGGUGGGCAUCGGCGUUGCCGUCCAAUCGUUGACUAUUUAUGAAACGACGUCCAGCGAUCCGUAUUACCAGAACAACAGGGCAUGGAACGUUGAAGCCUUGUUGUCAGCCUUUAGCGACAAUGAUCAUUCAGCCUCGUGCCUGGCCCACCUAUUCACGCACCAAGACUUUGCAGCCGGGGUUCUGGGCCUGGCAUAUACCGGCUCGCCGACUCGAGCUACGGCAGGGGUCUGCGCUGUUGAAACAAGCUCGGGAACUCUCAACACUGCUUUGACCACAGAUCUCAACUCGGGUACCACCCAACCCGACGGUUUGGUAUCUCUCGUGACCACCCACGAAACUGGGCAUAACUUUGGGGCCUCACAUGAUCCCAAUGGAACAGACUGCGAUCCAAGUGGCAACUACUAUGUUAUGCAUACGUUUGCCGUGGAUGGCUCGCAGCCCAACAACAAUGACUUUUCCGACUGUUCUAAAGAAAGCAUUCUGGAGGUUCUCGAAUCUCCAGACACCAACUGCUUUGUGCCCACGCCUGCUGCAAUCUGUGGGAAUGGAGUGUGGGAGCCGAACGGACCUGACGAUGAAGCUGGCACAAGCGAUGACGAGGAGUGCGAUGCAGGUUUUGCUGAUUGCAAGCUGACAUCAGGGUCGAGCUGUAGCGAUUAUAAUCAGGACUGCUGCCAAGAUUGCCAGUACUCAGCCACUCGUAUUUGCUACCAAUCCUUCGACCUGGACCGCCGUUGCUUUGCCACAACGACAUGCGAGAAACAGACGCCAGGCGUAUUUGAGUGUCCGGAGUUGUGCGUCCUGCCCCUGACCAUAGAUCAAAAGGAUCCGGGCACACCAUGCUUAAACUUGGGGUCUUGCACACCCAAUGACGACCCAGAGGCGCGCUGUCGGCCAUUCUGUGAGCGAUUCUCAGCGACAGACUGCGAUUGUAGUGCUGAAGACUCUUGCCGACUCUGUUGCCGCCAUGACGCCAGUCCCAACGCGGUGCCAUUCUGCCCAAGAAACUUUUAUUGGGGCAACCUGACCUGGGAGGACAACGUGACGCGCGAGCGGUGCUACCAGAUUGGCCAGGUGGAGCCUGUGUCAGCGACGGCUGAGUUUGGCCAACCCGUCCGCCCGUUCGCCCCCUUUGGUACGAGUUGCAAGCCGGCGUAUCUCGUGUUGGUGGGCGAGGAAUACGACCACGUGGUCAACGGCGAGUCGGGCGAGCAGGUCGCAACCUCUCAAUUCAAUCUGAUCAAAACUGCUGGCACGCGCUGCGCGAGGGGCUACUGCAAUGAAAUGGGAGUUUGCGUGGCCGCCACGGAUUCUUUGGACGACUUUGUUGACUUUUGGAGCAGUAUCACGCUUCAAUCGGCGAGUGAUUGGAUGAAGAAGAACAUUGUUCUGACAAGCCUGAUUAUCGUGGGUGUGGCCUAUCUUAUUAUUGGUUAUUGUGUCCAUCGUGGAGACAAACAGCAGAUGGACGACAAAAAGUUUGCGGUGCGGCCGAGGCGUCAAUCUGUCUUCCCACUUGACCCGAACAAUCAAGGGGUCAACGAGCAAAAGGUGAAGCAGGUCGCGAUGCUAAUGUACCAGCCAAGCGUCGUCAGCCCCUACCCCAGCGACGUGCGAAAACGGGCCCUGCACAAACGGGCCGCGCGGAAGCCGAGCCAGCGCGUGAUGUGGAACAUGGCCGAUUGCCUCAACGACGUUCUCAUGCUCGACAAGAUGUCCACCGCUUUUCGCGUAAAAAGGGUGGCCUGCCUACUCCACGAGCCGUAA